AUGUCAGGUCUUCUCAAAAAAAUCAAUCCACUGGGUUCAAGUACUUUAGAGUCAGGUAAUGCCAAUGUUAAUAAAGAUGAACAGGUUCUUGCUGAGUUGGGUUAUAAGCAAGAGUUCAAUAGAACCUAUGACUUCCUCUCUUCAUUUUCAUUUGCCCUUUCCAUUUCUGGUUUGAUGGGAACAAUUUCAAUCACUUAUCUUUACCCAUUAUGGGCUGGUGGUCCAGCAUGUGCCGUUUGGUGUUGGUUUGCAGGUUGUUUGGGUUGUCUCUGUAUCGCAUGGUCAGUGGCAGAAAUCACUUCAUGUUUCCCAACCUCUGGUGGUAUGUACUAUGUUAUUACACAUGUCACCCCAAAGAAAUACGUUCCAUUGCUUUGUUGGAUCGAUGCAUGGCUAUAUUUUACAGGUGCAAUUACAGGAUGUUGUUCCACCGAUUUUGGAGCGGCAACUCUAUUAAUGAAUGUUAUCCAAAUGGCUUCUGACUACACAUAUAAUCCAUCCAGAGGACAUAUCACAGCUGUUGCAAUCUUAGUUAUACUUUCUCAUGGUGCUAUCAACUCUUUGCCUGGCUCAGUGUUGGCCAGCGUUACCAAAUAUUACUGUUUUGUUAAUAUUGGCGCAACGAUUGGUUUAAUCGUCACCUUGCUUGCAAAAUGUCCUGAAUUCAAUACUAGACAAUAUACAUUUGGCCAAGUUAUCAAUUCGACUGGCUGGGAUGCAGAUGGGUGGGCCUUUUUGUUUGGAUUCUUACAAGUUUCUUGGGUCAUGACAUGUUAUGAUGCUACGUCCAGAAUGUCUGAGGAAGCUUAUAAUGCAGCUUAUUUGACGCCUCUUGCAAUUGCCUCGGCAUUGACUACUACCGCUGUUCUCGGUUGGGUUCUAGUUAUUGUGAUUACGCUAACUAUGGGCACUGAUUUAGAUCGUAUUUUGAACACCGGAUCUGGUCAGCCAAUUGUUGAAAUAUAUCACAUUGCUAUGGGUAAAACCGGUGCUAUUGCAUAUCUAUCAUUAGCUUUUGUGGUUAUUUGGUUCUGUGGUGCCGUUGCAAUGUGCUAUACUGCUAGAGGUUUGUGGUCCUUCGCCAGAGAUGGAGGUCUACCAUACUCCAAUUUCUGGUAUAACCUAGACCCAAGAACCAAGGCACCUUUGAGAUGUGUCUGGUUGAUUUGUCUGAUCAACUCGUUACUUGUUUUGAUCAAUUUAGGUUCUAAUAUUGCUAUGAAUGCCAUCUUCUCAGCUUGUGCAAUCUGCACAGAUUGGUCUUAUAUUAUUGUUUUAUUCUUAUUUGCUCUGAAUAGAGAAAAAAUGGGUGUUCCACGAGGUCCAUUUCAUAUGGGAAAAUUAUCUAAAUUCGUCAUGUUAUAUGGUGUCACAUGGACUGUUUUCCUUUCGAUUGUGUUCAUAUUCCCUAACUACAUGCCUGUUAACAAGGAGAAUAUGAACUAUACAGUGGUUAUCUUAGGUGCUGUAUUUAUAGGUGCAGGUGGCUGGUAUGCAAUUGAUGCUAAGAAAUGGUUCAAGGGCCCACUUGGAAAUGUUGAUGUGGAUGAAUCUGCAGAUACCCAAUCAGGUUCAUCGGGAGAUAAGAUUGAUUCUGUCUCCGAAGAAAAUAUAGAAACCACAGGAAAAACAAUAGAUUCAUAA